UCUCCUCGUCGAAUCAGCCGGCCGGCGGCUCCAUGGAUUCCGGUGCGAUACACGUCCAGAUGCCCGUGGCCGGCGAAGAAUGCCCGGCGCAGGAAGCGAAGCCAGUCAAGGGCAAGUCGCCGGUGGACAAGACGCUGUCGGGCGCGUCGGACCUGCUGAAGCUGCUGCCGACGGGCACGGUGCUGGCGUUCCAGGCGCUGGCGCCGUCCUUCACCAACCACGGCGUCUGCCACACGGCCAACCGGUACCUGGUGCUGGCGCUCAUCGGCGCCUGCGCGCUCUCCUGCGUGCUCCUCUCCUUCACGGACAGCCUCGUCGGCCGCGACGGCAAGCUCUACUACGGCAUCGCCACGUUCCGGUCCUUCUACCCGUUCAACUUCGCCGGCGCGGCCGCCGAGCGGGACGCCAUGUUCAGCGACCUGGGCCGGUUCAGGCUCACCGGGCUGGACUUCGUGCACGCCGUCUUCUCCGCGGUCGUGUUCCUGGCCGUGGCCUUCUCCGACGCCGGCAUACAGAGCUGCCUGUUCCCGGACGCCGGCGCGGACGUGAGGGAGCUGCUGGUGAACCUGCCGCUCGGGGCGGGGUUCCUGUCCAGCGUGGUGUUCAUGAUCUUCCCCACCACCAGGAAGAGCGUCGGCUAUACGGACAUGACGCCCCACUCCCACUCGCACUGAGGUGAAGCUCGUACCAACAUACUUACAUACGUAUCUCCAUUGGAAACAUAUGAAAAGUUGAAAACCACGAAUGCAAAGACGCAUGUUAUGCAUGUAUCUCCAUCACUAGCUAGCUAGCAUCAUGAGAGAGUGAAAAGGAUAGCACAUCUACAUGGCAACAGACGCUUGUACGAUAGAAACAUGUAUGAGACGUAAA